GUUGAGGUUAGCGCCUCUGCAAGCCUGGCAGGGUCUAAUCCAGGCAGCAUCGCCACUUCGACGCAACCAACUCUUUUGAUCACAACAACUCGGGAUGUGUCAUUUGCGACUCUAAACAUCAGGAUGAGACAUCUUUCUGCAUCUGGAGACGGCCAUGGGCUCAGAAAACGCAAGUUCCACAGAAAAUCUCGCCGUGGGUGUGGGAAUUGCAAGCUACGGCGGGUCAAGUGUGACGAGACCAGGCCCGAGUGCAACAACUGUCGCUACUAUCAAAUCUUGUGCAGCUAUUGUUCCGAAGCCGGGAGUCUGCACAUGUCUAAAGAAGUUGUUACGCCGGUCCGGGCCAUCAGUGCCGACAAUGUGGGCUGGCUGGACUUGGACAGCGAGUCUGCCACGGCUUUGAGGCGCUUUGGGGCUCGGACCGCGGCCACCAUUCUGGAUGUUGACCAGAACGACUUGAUGGAGCGAGCAUUCUUGAACCCAUACCUCAUGCAUGCCAUUUUGGCUGUCACGGCUAUCCAUGACCGGUACCAUGGCAGUCCCAUUACCGCAGACCACCCCCGCCGUGAGGCCUACUACUCAUCCCAAGGCGCAGCCCUGCUCAACCAGAAGUUAUCCGAGCCAACCCUGCCCCAAGACAGGGACACUCUUUGGAUGACAGCAACAUUUCUCGGAAUUGUCGUCUUCUCGUCCAACAUCUCGGAAUCACCGGAGACAUCUUGGCCCCUGAAAGUGUCUGAACCUACUGAUCUCGAAUGGCUGCGCAUGACCGAAGCCAAGAGGGUCAUCUGGGAGCUUGCCGAUACUUUGCAGUCUAACGGUAUCUUCCGGAACAUGGCAGAGGACUUCCGGCAAAUGUAUACGCCAUUGCCCACAACCCCUAUCAAGGGAGCCCCAGCAACUCUGCUACGCAUCUGCCACCUCGGUCCGUCAUCGUCUGCAGCGGACAAUCCCUAUUACACGGCGGUACGGACACUCGUUCCCCUUCUUUCCAUAGAGUCGCGAAAGCCGUCAAAGGGAAAUAUUCUCUGCUUCCUGAGCCAGAUGCAGCCCGAGUUUCGGGCAUUGCUGUAUCAGAGGGACCCUGUGGCGUUGCUAAUACUGGCCCUGUGGUAUGAAAAGAGUCGUCAUCAUGUCUGGUGGAUAUGGCAUCGCGCCACGGUUGAGUAUCAGGCAAUAGCUCUUUACUUGAGGCGGCUAUACUGGGACAACGCGGGGAUCCUAGAGUUGCUUCCCUGAGAUAGGCACUUGAAGGAUAUCGGUGCUUCUAAACCUCUUGCUUUCGUGAGUAUGCUUCUGCUGCCAACUCCCCUUGAAAGUCCGUCCGUUGCUGCUUUAGAUUAUGCUGUUACUUGCUACGGGUACUUAGAUCUGCUUUAAUAGUCACACGUUCGAUUCGA